AUGGCAUCUAAUUUUGGGAUAUUGGAAUUGAAAAAGGGGAAAUGUUGUUGGAAUUUCGAGACAGAAUGAAAAGAUAACAAAGUAUGAAGAAGGGAACAGGUCACAGGAGAAGGAGCAAUGGAAGAAGAGAGGCAAAUGGGGUGUGGAAACUCCAAGCUUAAUCCAGAAGGAGAGUUGGUUCCUCCAAGGAUUCGCCCACUUCUUGUACGAAAUAAAUUUUUGGAGUUGAGGAAACGUAAAAAUGGAACCCAUCUUAGAGAUGGGGCGUUGUCAAAGAAAGUGCUUCUGAAAGAAGGAGAAUCAGAAGAAGAGAACGCUAUGUUUGUCGAUAACAGACAUGAGUGUGGCAGCACAAAAUGUUUGGCCUCACAGCAACACACCAUCAAUAAUGCAACCAAGGAUGAACAUAAUUCAGCUUCAACCAUUCCCCCAUCCAACAACGAUGCUAAUGCAACAAAAAAUGGUGAACAAAGCAACCGCAUCUUGGAGGAGGAGCCUCGACCACACAUACAAUUGAAAACUACCCACCCUGAUGACACUCCUGUUCUUGAACUCAAACAAGACAAAACAAUGAAUGAACAUAAAUGUAUCCAAGAAGGAGAUGAAAACAACAAGAAAGAAGGAGAAGAUGGGAGGCCUGACAACGAGGAGAAUCGAGGAAGCAUCAUUUGUCCUGGAUCUCCCAGCUUCAGAUUUUAUUUUGUUGAAGAAACACAAGAUGACAAAGAAAAAGUUGAAAUGAAAGAUGCAGGUGGUAUGGGAGAUGUCUCACACAAGAAGUCGCCAAGUCAUGACAGCGUUGAGAGCACCACUAGUGCAAAAUCUGGCGAGGGCCAGGAGAACAAGGUAAUAAAGAAAGGGAAAAAAGGAACGACUUUCAAUAGAGUCAUCAGUAAAAGAAGACCAGUUAGCGUUGGUGUCAAGAAUUUGUUGAAUGUUAAAUCUUGCUAUCAUUUGAGUUGUUCCGGCAAUGACAGAGCAAAUCUUCUAGCUAGAAAAGCCGAAGCUUAAGAUUUUCCCAGCAAUGGAAGGGAUAGUUUGUACCCCUCCUAUCUCCAUCUCAAGGGGUUGGGGAAUGGAGGUUUCAUGCUGAUUUUUUAGGUCAUUAGUCCCUCAAUGUGAUCAAACUCAUCAUAAAUAGCUAGAAUUUGUACCUAUAAUGUAACGAUUAAUUCAUUCAUUUCAAUACCUUGUUAUUCAA